AUGCAACCAAAAGAUUCUCAGAGAGUUUUAGAACUAUUUCAGUCAUGCUUGACAGAUGAGACUUCAUAUUGGAUCAAAAAUAAACUUAUAGUAGUCUUAAAUAAUAUUAACAUAAUGGCCGCUAUGAUUAAUGCACUAGAUGGUAUCCUAUCACCAGCAUUACCAAUUGGAGUUACUGGCGCUACAGUUAUUUUAGCACAUAAUAUUCAUACAAAUGAGAAUUGGUCUCUUGCUGAAGGGUGUCUUGGACCAUAG